AUGGCACCUUCAGAAGAAUCCAUUCUGAGCAACUUUUUGCUCUCGCCGGCGCCUCUACCGACAGUCAUGUCUCUCCAGAAAUUCACAGAGCUAUUCCCUAGACGACUACGGAGUCAUCCCCACAUCCGCACACUGUACCGAGAGCUUCAGCAAGUCCGGGAACAUGACAUGGAUCGGGUGAAUGAAAACAUCGACAAAGAGAUCCGCCAAGGCGAGCGACAGAAAGCCGAGCUCCGCAGGGCCAGUCGUGCCGCAGGCGUGGAAGCUGCUGAUGCUGAUGAGCAGCGGGAGAUGGAGGUGGAUCUCCAUCUCUUUGGUCAGAAUGUGACUACCGGUCCAGAUGAUUACCAUUCCGUGGAUAGUCUACUGGCGGCGAUGGAGACUGCCUGUGCCAACAUUGAGCGUGAGAUAGCCGAUGUUGACCAAGAGGCUGCGGGUCUUUUGAAAGAGCUCAAUACGACCGUUGGUGAUUUGAGCGAUCUCCGCUACGGCAAAUUGCAGGGCCCAGCUGGCACUGCUAAUACCCUGGCCAGUGAGACUAUCCAAGGCCUGCAAAACCUGGAGGAGGCCUGUUACAAGGGCAUGGGUUCUGGCCCUUCCUGA